AUGGCGCUCGUUCCCCCGACACCAACAGCCGACCGGGACCAACAAUCGCAACAUGGUUCAGGGACACCACUUCCAUCAGGAGCUGUGCCAUGGGGCCGUGCUCUCGAAUACUAUGAUCACCGACACGAUAGUAUAGCAUACCCGCCGUCGCUUAUUAGCGAACACGAUACCCCACUGUCUGCCCGCAUAAAGGAGAGGCUUUCGGACUGGCGAGAUGGGUUCCGACGUCAUUCAAGCUACGCAUCUGGCGAGUCUGGUAGCGACGGAUCACUGUUGGCGGAAAACUGGUAUAAUCUACCAGAUCCGCUCAAAGCAGCGUUUAAUACUGCCAACGCGCCAUUGAGCAAAAAGCUGGGUAGCCGGCACUUGCAAGUCAUCGUGCUUGGAUGUUGUAUAGGUAGUGGUCUUUUCUCAGGUUCCGGGACGGCACUGGCGACUGGCGGCCCCGGUUCGGUUAUGCUCUGUUAUACCUUUGUUGCAGUAUUGAUGUGGUGUACUAUGCAAGCACUUACAGAACUGGCUGUCGUUUAUCCUAUAGCCGGCUCUUUCGCAGCAUAUUCGAUCCGAUUUAUCGACCCGGCAUGGGGAUUUGCGCAAAACUAUACCUACGCGUUAUCAUGGGCCAUUACGCUCCCGCUCGAGCUGGUUGUUGCCGUGACAGUGUUGGACUAUUGGAAUAUGGAUGCAGUGGCACCCCGAGCGGUUUGGGUGACGGUUUUCUUCGUAACGAUAGUAUCCUUCAACUUAUUUGGAAUCAGAGUAUACGCCGAGAUCGAAAAUAUCUUCACUACUAUCAAGGUGUUUGCAAUAAUUGGCUUCAUCAUCCUAGGGAUCACCAUCGACGUUGCAGGAGGUCCAGAAGGGAGCUACCUUGGAGCGAAGACUUGGACGAAACCACCAGGCCCCUUUCUCAACGGCAUAACGGGAGUAGUAUCGGUUUUCGUAAAUGCAGCUUUCUCAUUUGGAGGGUUUGAGCUUCUCGGACUCGCUGCGGCUGAGACAAGAAAUCCCAGAAGAUCGAUCCCAACGGCUACAAAGAAGACGUAUGCAAGCUUAACUAGCUUUUAUCUCAUAUCCCUUCUCAUCGUAACAUUCCUUGUCCCAUUCGACGACCCACGGCUCCUCGCAGAAGGGAAAUCAACAUCCCCAUUUGUUAUCGCCAUAAAAAGUGCUGGAAUAAUGUACUUACCGGACAUAUUCAACGGAGUUGUUCUACUAUCCGUGCUAUCCGUAGCAAACACUUGUGUUUACGCAUCUUCUCGAGUGAUUGCGGCGAUAGCAGAACAGGGUCAGGGCCCAUCAGCGCUGAGAUUCAUCGAUAGAGAGGGACGACCGAUGAGAGCCACGCUGCUAACCUUGCUUUUCGGCUUCAUAGCAUAUGUGUCAGCCCUUGGAUAUGAGACGGAAGGCGAAGUUUUCAAUUGGCUACUGUCGAUAUGCGGAUUAGGGUCCUUUUUCACAUGGGGUUCAAUAUGCCUUUGUCACAUCCGGUUUCGAGCUGCUUGGAAAGCACAAGGAAACUCUCUGGAUCAGCUAGCUUAUCGAUCUCAAGGAGGGAUAAUUGGGUCCUACCUUGGACUGUCCUUAAAUAUCGUGGUGUUUCUAGCAGUUCUCUGGACGGCCCUUUUCACAACGGAGAGCUGGAAGCCUGAUAUCAAGAACUUCAUGAUGAAGUACCUAACAGUGCCCAUGUUGUUGGUGGAAUACUUUGCAUACAAGCUAUUCUUCAAAACGAAGAUACUAAAGAUCCACGAAGUCGAUCUUGUCACAGGAUGCAUUGGAUUGCUAGACGAAAGCUGGAUUGAAGAGAGAAGGGAGAGAGAAGCCGACUGGCCAAAGUGGAAGAAAAUCUCACCGCAUACCUCUGCACUCUUGAACCCCUCAACCGGGGUCAACGGCGCCAACAGCAGCGUCGGGCGGGCUUCUAGUCAACCCUCAGUAACCACUGCAAUAAUGGCGGUUACAAUUUCAUCUAGAGAAGAGCAACCUGCACGCUCUUCCUUCUUUGUCCUCCCUCCUCCAUCAACACACAUCCUUGCAGAUGCUCUAUCGCUUCCAUCGCAUCAAGCAAACUUGCUCAUCGCACUCCCCAAUCUUCGGCUAGCCUUCAUAUAUUUGUCCCGAUAA